UUCUUAUACCUUAUCAUCAUCCGUACAUAGUUACCGUGCACAUCAACUCUUAAUCCGUUUAUCCAUGGUUGGGAUAAUUAUACCAUCAUAAGCCCCCCCACUCCCUAAGCCAAAUAGCAUAUUGGCUAUAGGGAGUAUAGAGACACAGUUGCCGUGGCUAUAGGAAGACAUGGUCACCAUGUCAAUUUUGGUUUUUUUUUUACUCAUUCAAUCAUUUAGAUUUUUAUUUUUUAUUUUUAACCAGAAUUUGUAUUUCAUAUUCCCAAUUUUACUUCUUCCCUGGCAGCUUCGUUGAUAAGGGUCAACCACCGCCAUAGCUGUUCUGUCCAGACCGCAGCUCGCCGGCAACCAAGCCUCCGUCGUCCACUGUCCGCCGGCGUCCCUUCGCGCAACCAGCAAGCCUACUUAGAAUUCCUUUCUGCCCUUGCUUCUCAUCAGCUUCCACCGACCGUCGCGAGCCAGAGGAAUCACCGAACUGCCACCGGCCAUUGAACCUUCGUGGCCGAAUCCAGCACCGUUUGUGAGUUGUUCUUUACUUCAGGUCACAACCCUUCUUCUUCGUUUCUUUUUCUCAGUUGCCGCCCCUGUGCAGCCGGCAGGCCCUCUUGGGUGAUGUGUUCUGUCGCCGUCGGCCUUCCGUUGAGCACCAGAACAUUCCGGCGACACCGAGGACUGUUCGUCGUCGCCGUCCAGCACCUGCGCCGUCACCAUCUUGCUCUGGUUGUCCAUCCCGAUUCAGCCGUCAUCGUUAUCUUGCUCUAGAUUUUGCACCGCACAAUACGUAGCUGUUAAUACCUUAUGGAUGUACUGGACUCCAUAGACUCUGAUGAAUUGCUCAGUGGUGACGGGGAAUUAGUGUUGGAAAAUUUUCCUCAUCCUUGGGCAGAUGUUAAUUCUGAUGUUGAAGAAAUUAGUCCCAUAAAGCCACGAGCCGCUUCAGUCAAACCACCAAAACGUCGCUACCGUGGUCCGUAUCCACCCUUAGACCCGAGCCCCAUCUUACACUACAGGUCGUGCCUCUCAGUUUCCAAGUUUCAAAAGUAUAAGAAAUUUUUUCCGUCCACAGUGACUGUCCGAUGUCCCGAUUCGGAGGAUAUUGUAACCGAUCCUCCUAAGGGUCACUUUUUCGGGGUGCAUAUUCUUUCCAUAAAAUUAGGAUUCCGCUUUCCCACACACCCUUUGAUUAUCGAGUUUUUAAAUGAUCUUGAAAUUUCACCUUGUCACUUGACUCCGCUCGGUCAUCAGUAUCUGGUAGCUUUCCUGGUCCGGUGUGAGACACUUGGGAUUGAACCGUCCCUAGACCUCUUCAAGCACAUGUUCCGAGCUGGGCAGUGCUCGGCAUCUGAUAGUCUGUCCUGGGUGUCUAUCUCUCAGCGCAACCACUUUGACAUGUGGAAGAUCACUCGUAGCAACGAAGCCAAUUGGAAAGAAGAAUUUGUCUAUGUGUCGUCUGGAUCUCCGUUACCUUUUUCAUCGUCUUUGAAUUGUCGAUUUAAGAAGUAUUCGUACCCGAAACUUCCAUUUGACCAGGAGACAUGGCCGGCUAUGAUUCUUUCUGGAGGACCGUAUAGCCUCUCUGCCUUUACUUCCGAGGACCGCCUGACCACGGUUGGACUCUAUUCGCCGUCACCAUGUUCGGGUGCACACGCAUCCACGUCCACGGAUCAAGAUAUGACAUCGCGGCUGGAGAUGUUCCAAAGCUUUGACCAGGAUGGGCCUCCCGGUACUGAUCAGGGGCGCUCUGACAAGAAACCAAGGGUUCCCUCCGUCACAAAAGGCAAGGAUGCCAUUGUAACUGUGCCUUCAUCCAUUGCAAAACGCAGGGCCGCUAGCCCCGCAGCCCGCGUCACCCGUAGCAUGAGUGAUAUUCCCACGGCGGGGAUGACUACUUGGUUACAAGGUAACCUUGAGUUACCUCCGCUCUUAUCACAGGUGAUCACGGCGACUGAGAAGGAGAAAAUUUCAACACUUGACCAUGCUGCUUUAGAGAAGAGGAGCCACCAUGGCCUGGCCGAGCUACUGUUGUCCAUCUCCGAGGUGAACCGAAGGAAAGAUGAGCGCGAGAAAGAUUUGUCGCUACAACUCACCGAAUUAGCGAAGGAGGUGGCAUCGCUCAAGCUCGUGCGUGACUCACAUGCAGCCGAGGUCACUGCGCUUAAAGAAAUGCACACCGUGGAGUUGGCCAAUGCAAGGGGGCGGACCGUGGAUGCAUACAAGAAUUCUCCAGAGUUCGUGUCUGAUCAGGAAGCAUACAUUAAUGCCCACUUGAACGAUAUUAGCAAGCAUUGGUUGUCUACUCCGGAAGGUCGUGAGAAACUGGCCUUAGAGAGCUACAUCUCCUACCAGAUCGGGAUAUAUGCCACUCAACAGAAAAUAUAUCCUAUCUUGAGGGAUAAGGCUGGUACCUCUUGCAUCACUAAUUGGGGACUUCCUCCUGAGGUUCCCAACCCUGAGAUCCCGGUAGCCAACACGCCCCUGGACUAUAUUCCUUUUGACAGACUCCCCACUGAUGAGGAGCUUGGCGAUCUUCCUUCCGAGACAGAUCACCCAGCUUCGACUGCUUCUGUGCCUUAGAGCAUGCAUGGGAGUGACGGAUGGACGUAGUGUAGACUUUAAUUCUGUCAUGUCUUCAAUUAUGAGUACCUGAAUUGCUAAACAUGUUUUGAAUUUCAUAAAAUAAUAAUGAUGC